CCCUAAUCUCCACACACACACACACAUAUGCACACACAUACACACACUCCAGAUCUCAAUCUCAUCUCUCUUGCAUUAAACAUGCACUGUUGGGAAUUGUUUUUAGCCCUACUGUUCAGCAGCUUCUCAGCGUGGGCUCUGCCUUCAACUAACAUCAAGAUCACACAAGCAUUGCCUAUGCAGCUCUCAGACUCAAACCAGCCUGUGACAUGUCCACUGUUCUGGACUGAAUUUGAGGGUUACUGUUACCGCUUCUUUCCCCUGAACCGCACAUGGGCUGAGGCAGAUCUGUACUGCGCUGAGUUCUCAAACGGACACAAAUCUGCCAAACUCACCUCUGUCCACAGCUGGGAAGAAAAUGUGUUUGUCUACGAUCUUGUGAACAGCCGUAUGCCAGGAAUUCCAACAGACAUUUGGAUUGGCCUGCAUGACAGAAGACAGGAGGGCACUAUGGAGUGGACAGAUGGGUCACCCUUUGAGUACAGUUACUGGGAUGGAAAUCAGCCAGAUGAUGGGAUUCAUCGCAUCCCUGAGGAGGAGGACUGUGUGGAGAUUUGGUACAGACAAAACAGUGCUCUGAGGUCUUGGAAUGACAACAACUGCGAUAAGGCUUUUCCAUUCGUCUGUAAGAUUCCAACCCUGGAAAACUAACCACAGAUUGUUUAUCAAGUUCAUCAUCAACAACACUGACACUAGGAACAAAGUGUCCGCAGAUCUAAAUCCCUCCAUCAUAGAUGGGCUCUUUCCAGCUCUACUAUAGGCUCUUCACAUGCACUUCUGUCCCGUCUCCUGCCCCCAUCACUGCUGUCAUAAUGCUGUUUUCUGGCUCCUCUGAGUCAUGACACACACAUUCCUGCAUUUAACGCUAUUAGAAAUGAACUUUUUGUUUCCCUCUCCAGAGGUAGUUGAUUAUGUAGGCGAUUCUAGAAUUGCGGGUACAUUUUGAAUCUUUAGCAUGUUCUAUUAGUUCUUAAAAACAAAAACUUUAUUGAAAACGUUUUGAAUAGCAUCACAUAUUCUAUCGAUUAUCUCUAAAAAAUAAUGUUUGAAAUUUGUGUUUACCAUUUUGAAAAUAUUAACGUAAAGAUUUACGUUAGAUAUACCUAUAUUUGACCGUCUCUGUCCCUGAAUCUUCAAUUAUCAUGAAACUAUUGUCUAGUUGUCAUCUUUUUUGUGUUUACUCUACUAAGUUGAACAAACAUUUGCAUGAAACAUCUAUUUUCUGUAUUAUUUGUAAUUUUGG